AUGGCAGUGAAAAGAUGCGCGUCGGCACCUGCCUUGGGAAGGAGGAUUACGGCGAGGAAUGCAUCUGAAGCACGCAUGUUGCGGGUGUUGGAUCACCAAUGGGAGAGAAAGGUCUGCUGGCUCAAUGCUCAACAGCAACGGUUGGAUGCGAAUGGCACCAGAGAGGGUGCGACACAAAAGAGUAAGGUUGAUAAGGCCGUGGUGCUCAAAGAGCGCGCGCAGAGCCCCAUGCUUCGCAGCGACUCGAAAGUGGCUUUGUCAAGACCUUUGUCCUCCGUCGCUACGCGAAACUCGGUUGAGUCAGUGGGUCCCCAGAUGUUCUCCGGUGAGCGACCCGGGUCGGCGAUUGUCCGAAGUCCAUCUGAUGGCGUGCCAGCUAAGUUAGAGGAGAGAAUCCCCAAGGCUGUGUCCAGGAUUGCUCAAGGUUUGCAGGUGGCCUUGCUAGGUGCCAAUGCUGGAGAGAUGCGCAAACAAGAAAUUAAAGGAGUACCGCUCAAAAAGAUCUUGUUCGAGCCGUACGAGGCGGAUGUUUGCCGCAUCUUUCGUCAUUUCCUUCAUUUGAAAGAUGUUGAGGAGGACCGAACUGCUGCGAACAAGGAGAGGCAUCGACAGAGACUGGUGGAGUGGGGCAAGUUAGAGCCAGAUGAGCUCUUUCAAACCGACGACGAAGAAAUCCCUAGAGAUCCUCUGUCUCGAGUCUCCUGGGCCACCUUCUUCCGCUGGGUUGAGCAGGAAGCCAGCUUCGGAGUUCACCCAGAGUCACGGCGCGCCUACUCCGCCCUCUUCCGUGGAGCACGACUCUGGCUUCGGGCUUGUGCAAGCAAUGCACAGCGGAGUGAGGGGCUAUCUCUGGGGCUGCUGUUGUUAUGGGCCUACCCCACUGUAUCCAAUCGGGUGGUUGCAGAGCUGCUGGCUUGGAUCGGCGCCCACGAACUGGAAAAAAUUCGGCAGGAGCCUCCUAGACUCAUCGAUGAUGACGAGCGGAAGCAGCUUGAAAGGAUUUUCCAAAGCGCCUAUGCAAAGGGCCGUGCCUUCGUCACUGUGGACGACAUCGCCGGAGGGGACUUCCAAGACAAGCACACUCAGCUUCAUACAUUGGUGGAGUCUUUGCGGUAA